AUGGCACAUCAGGGGGAACACCCCCCGCACGAUGAAACCCAUGACGAAUGCCCCGCAGCGGCGUCAGAACGUUACUGGCAAUUGUUCAAUGACCCAGGCUUGUCACCUCCCAACGGUGUACCCACUGGCCCAUCGCCGGUGUCUCCCGAGGCCUUUCGCGACCUCGCUCAUCAAGUCCGAGCCCUGACGAGCAUGAACCCGAUAACUCGGCCCGGGAGCUGGGAGGCGGAAGACACGGCGAGCCGCCCCGAGCGCGAGGCUCCUUCUGCCGACUCUACAAAUGCCCAACGAGCUCAGUUGCGCCUCGUCAGUCAAAAACUCGAUGAAGUACAACAGGAAGUCCGUAAGUCGAAAGGAGAGCUCGGGGUAGACGGACAGCAAGGAUCCCCCUUCACCCCCGAGAUCCAAGAUCAGGCGAUCCCGUCACACUUCCGCCUCCCCUCGCUGGACGCGUAUGACGGCGCCGCAGACCCAGCAGACCAUGUGGCCGCUUUCCGCGCUCAGAUGAUGCUAUACGGGACUUCCGAUGCCUUGAUGUGCAGGGCAUUUCCAACAACCCUGCAGGGUCCAGCCCGCGCAUGGUACAGUAGUCUGAAGGCCGGGACCGUCGCCUCCUUCGACCAACUCGCCAAAGAUUUCGAGCUUAACUUCCUGGCUUACGCUCGACCAAAGCCGUCUGUGGCAUUACUCCUUGGACUCAACCAAAGGGAGGACGAGCCCCUCUCCCAUUUUGUGAACCGCUUUACGACGCAAAUUCGCGGGCUGUCAGAUGCUCACCCCUCUCUGUUGAUACAGGCAUUCAUGAUAGGCCUGCGGCCUUCCCGGUUCUUCUGGUCUCUCGUGGAGCGACCCCCCGCCGCGGUCCCCGAAAUGAUCCAGCGUGCUGGCCAGUUCAUCGCUGCGGAAACAUGGAUGGCUGGGAAGCGGGAGGAGCACAAAAAAGUCAAGUCGGAGCCGCCCCGACAGCAACAACCCGCCGCGUCCCGUCGCAAGUUGGAUAGAUCCGACCCAAGGCCUCCUCUCCCCGCCUUAAACUCAUCACGGACGGAAAUAUUUCUCCAUGAGAAGGGUAAGGGGCUACUCAAGGAGCCCCACCCAAUGAGGAACCCGCGAGAGCUCGCGGACCGUUCAAAAUACUACCGCUUCCAUCGGCAACAUGGGCACGACACUGAACAGUGCCGGGAGCUGAAAAGGCAAAUCGAGGAGCUCAUCCGCCGAGGGCAUCUUGGCCACUACCUUCUGCCGGGCAAAGAGCUAUCACCUCGCCCGGAGGGUCCCGUCGAGAGACACAUCGACGUAAUCGCUGGCGGCUCUGCGUUAGGAGGGGGCUCCAUGUCAGGAAGAAAGGCGUAUGCCCGAGCCGCUCCAAAGGUAACCUCUAGACACGGGCCCAAGCCCGAAAUCACCUUCCCGAUCGGGGUAUCCAAGCAGCCCGAACACGACGACGCCCUCGUGAUAUCGGCUAGGGUGGCCAACGCGCAAGUAAAGAGAAUCAUGGUCGACAUUGGGAGCUCGGCCGAUAUACUCUACUUCGACGCCUUCCAGAAGCUCGGCUUGGCCAAGGAAAGCAUGGGGCCAAUGAGUUCAACACUCACCGGAUUCACAGGAGAUUCGAUAUCACCUAUGGGGGCUAUUACUUUGCCCUUAACCCUUGGGGUCCCGCCGAGGUCGAAGACGGUAAUGACCACCUUUUUGGUGGUCGACCUUCCCACUGCUUACAACGCCAUACUCGGACGGCCGACCCUCAACAAGGUCAGAGCCGUCGUCUCGACCUACUACCAAACCAUAAAGUUCCCGACUCACGCUGGGGUCGGAGAAGUCGCGGGAAGCCCCCGAGAGUCCAGGCGGUGCUACCUGACCGCCGUUUCACUACACAAAAGGGCCAGGAUCGAGCCGCCGCUCAAAGACCCGCGGGAAGCAAAGAGGCCGGCCCCUCAUCCCGAGCCAAGGGGGUCCACCGUGGAUAUACCAUUACAAGAAGCUCGGCCUGACCGGACGGUCAAAGUUGGUUCGGAACUGCCCGAACAGGAACGAGAGUAG